AUGCCCGGACGAAAGAGCAACGUCUCCGCGACCUCCAACGGUCCCGAGGAGGUCGCAGAGUCAACGCCAUCACGACAGACGAAAGACAAGGACGGCUUGAGCGUAGAUGACUUGAGCCUCCCCAAAUCCAUGGUCGCCCGCCUUGCCAAGGGGGUCCUGCCUGCCAACACCCAGAUCCACAAGGACGCGCUAUUAGCUUUGCACAAGAGCGCUACGGUGUUUGUGAGCUAUAUCGCUUCAAACUCGAACGACAAUGCACAAGCAAGCGGGAAGAAGACCAUCGCGCCUCACGAUGUGAUAGCAGCACUCAAAGACGCCGAGUUGGAGAUGUUCUUGCCAAGACUAGAGGCCGAACUCAAGAAAUACAACGAAACCCAAUGCGACAAGCGCAACACCUACCGGCGCAAGGUCAAAGAAGAAAAAGCCGCCGCCGCAGCCAAGGACGGCGACGGUGAAGGCGAAGGCGAUAGUACCCUUCCCCUAGACCCCAACGAACCCACCAACGGAACCACUGCCAAUGGUCACACGCGCGAAGAAGACGGCGUAGAACCGCCUUCCAAGAAACUCAAGCGCGAAAACGGCGACAGUACCAUUCCACUGGAUGCGGAUGACGCGGAUGACGACGAUGAUGGCGGAGACGACGCCAAUGACCAGGACGAUGAAGAUGAUGAAGCGGUGGAUGAUGAUGUUGACGAUGAGGAAGACGAUGAUGGGGUGGAUGAGACGAUGGAGGAUGCCCUUGAGGAGCAGGAGGAGGAGGCGGAGGAGAGGAGUGGGAUGGUGGAUGAGGCGCUUGAUGAUCCUGACAGUGAUUAA